AAACUAAAGAUAUUGUUAUUAAUUGUGCAAAAAAAUAUAAUAAUAAUAUAAAUAAAAUAUUGGCUGUCAUUUGUUCGAAAUAAAUUAUUGAGUAAUAAUAAUAAAUUCAAAAAUUUGAAUUGUCUAUAGUUCAGUGCAGCCGAAAAACUAAAAGGUGGCAUACAUAGGGGCAAGAAUAGCCACUUGAAUGGUGAUCUCACAUUGAGAGCAUUCAGUGUUCAGUGUCAUCUUUGCCGGUUUUAAACUUCCUCUUUCCGUAGCACGAUACAAUGGCGUCUGGUACACUAUACACUUAUGCCGAAAAUUUUCGGGCUUACAAAGCUCUGAUCGCAGCUCAAUAUUCCGGGGCUCAGAUCAAGGUUGCCGAUAAUUUUGUAUUCGGUGAAAGCAAUAAGUCCAAAGAAUUUCUACAGAAGUUCCCUCUUGGCAAGGUACCAGCUUUUGAAUCCAAGGAUGGAGUUCGUCUUACAGAGAGCAAUGCUAUUGCUUACUAUGUGGCUAAUGAACAGUUGAGAGGCAAGUCUGACAAAGAGAAAGCUGAAGUUAUCCAAUGGCUUGAUUUUGCUGACUCGGAAAUUCUUCCUUCCAGCUGUGCCUGUGUGUUCCCACUUCUUGGAAUUAUGCCGUAUAACAAACAGACGGUCGAAAAUGCAAAAGAAGAUUUAGCUAAAUCUUUGUCUGCUCUUAAUACUCAUUUGUUGUCAAAGACUUACUUGGUGGGUGAACGCAUUACUCUUGCUGACAUCAGUGUGGCAAUGACACUGUUACAUCUGUAUCAAUACGUUCUUGAACCUAAGGCUCGCCAGCCUUAUCAAAAUGUUAACAGAUGGUUCCAAACCAUUGUUAACCAACCACAAGCUAUUGCUGUCAUUGGUAAUUUUAAAUUGGCUGACAAAGCUCUUGAGUAUGAUCCCAAGAAAUUCGCACAGGCUUUAGGAGGAAAGGCAAAGAAGGAGAAGGAUCAGAAAGAAAAGAAAGAACAGCCUAAAAAAGAGAAGGAACAAAAGAAGAAAGAAGAACCAGCUGAGGAACCCGAUGCGGCUGACGCAGCUCUUGCAGCUGAACCCAAGUCAUCAAAUCCCUUCGACGCAAUGCCCAAGGGUACCUUUGAUAUGGACGACUUCAAACGAUGCUACUCCAACGAAGACGAGAAAAUUUCCGUACCCUACUUCUGGGAAAAGUUCGACCCAGAGCAUUACAGCAUCUGGUUCGGAGAGUACAAGUAUAAUCAAGAAUUAACUAAAGUCUUCAUGUCUUGUAAUCUCAUCUCUGGUAUGUUCCAACGUCUUGAUAAAAUGCGCAAAGCUGCUUUCGGUAGUUUUUGUCUCUUUGGAUCUGACAACGACAGUUCAAUCAGCGGUAUCUUUGUAUGGCGUGGCCACGAUCUUGCAUUCCCGUUGAGUCCUGAUUGGCAAGUAGACUACGAGUCAUACAACUGGACAAAACUCGACCCAAGUGAUCCUAAAACCAAGGAGACUGUUAACAACUACUUCUUCUGGACUGGUACUGACAAAGAAGGACGUAAAUUCAAUCAAGGAAAAAUUUUCAAAUAAAAAUAAUAUCCGUCUUACGCUUAAUUACUACAAUAAGAUUUAAAAACUUAUUGACAUUGAAAUAAUAAAUAAAUAAAAAUUCA